AAACAACCAUUCACUUCAUACCUUGUCAUUUCUUUUCUCUCUCUCUCUCUCUCUCUCUCUCUCUCAUAUUAUCUCAAAAUCUCUGCAACUACUCUCCCUCAAAUUGAUCUGAAAAGAAAACCCAGAAACCUCAGCUGAAAAUCCAACUAACCCAGGUCACCAAAAAGUCUCUCUCACAAGCAAAGCUCACCUUUCUGCAAUUAUACAGCAACCAGAAGAAAAGGAGAGAGGCAGAAGAAUAAAUAUAUAGGAGAGGCUGCUUCUAGCUACUUAAGGGCUUGUUUGGUUGUAGAAGAUGGAGUUAUUCCCGGCACAACCAGAUUUGUCGCUGCAAAUCAGCCCUCCAAACAGCAAACCCACAACAGGCUGGAGGAGAGAAGAAGACGUGGAUUUGGGAUUCUGGAAGAGAGCUUUGGACUCCAGAAACACCAUGUCAUCAAUGGCGAAACCCGACAGUUCCUGUUUCGAGCUCUCCUUGUCGAAUCCAAGGGCUUCUGAGUCCCUCGCCAACCAUAACCAUCAUCACCAAAUCGGUAUUAAUGGAGGCAAUCUUUUCCAGACCUUUCAGAGAAACCAGUUCCCUCAUCAUCACCAGCUCCAUCAUCAUCACCACCCGCAACUUUUUCAGCAAACGCCUCAAGGAAUAAGCCAAGAGCUCAGUUUUCUUAGACCCAUAAGAGGGAUUCCAGUAUACCAAAACCCUCCAGUACCUUUUCCAUUUCCUCAUCAUCAGCAGCAGCCUCUAGAAGCUUCUCAACCUUCUUCUAUAGCUAACAACGCCGCCAGUACUUCAAGCUUAAUGCGAUCAAGAUUUCUGCCGCGGUUUCCUGCUAAACGAAGCAUGAGAGCGCCGAGGAUGCGGUGGACUACUACGCUCCAUGCUCGCUUUGUUCAUGCUGUAGAGCUAUUGGGUGGCCAUGAAAGGGCUACACCCAAGUCAGUUCUUGAGCUUAUGGAUGUGAAAGAUCUCACGUUAGCACAUGUUAAAUCUCAUCUACAGAUGUAUCGAACCGUGAAGACCACUGAUAGAGCAGCAGCUUCUUCAGGACAAUCAGAUAUGUUUGAAAAUGGGUCAUCUGGAGAUACUUCAGAAGAUCUAAUGUUUGACAAUAUUCCGAACCCAAGACGGCCUGAGAAUUCCAUUCAGCAGGGUAAACCAAGUACUGUUCAAGAUAAGGAUUAUCGUGGUCUCUGGAGCAAUUCUUCGAGCAGGGAAGCUUGGUUGCAUGGCAAACAAAAGGAUUCCUGUGGAAACAUGCCGUCUCUUGAGAAGGACAUGGAUCCAAAGUGCUUAAGCUAUGAGAGAAUAUCAGAUGUAAGCUCAUUAACAAAUCAUUCAGAGACAAUCCCCAAGAAGCCUAAUUUGGAGUUCACCUUGGGCAGGCCACUUUGAAAAUCUCUUCUGAGUAUUCCUCAUUUUGAAAAAUCAUUAUAA